AUGGAAGGCAAAGUCAACCUCAACACAGAGCCACAGUAUUAUAAUAUUAAAUUUCUAAAAUUAACCAAAGGUUUUCCGAAACAGAAUUACCAGUCACCCGGAAGCCUACUAUUUUCACAUUUUGACAUUAAUAAAGUUCUUCUGCAUGGUUCUUCAUUGCUGGGUUCUGAAGGCCAUGAAUAUGACCUUGAAGAGAGUGGCAUUGAUUUGGAUGAUAAAGAACGGUUGAUAAAACAAAGACAGCUUCUAAAUAAGCGCCUUGGUCUUGAUAUGGCUGGAACUCUUGGCAUUGAAACAGAUUCUAUUUUUAAUGAUGAAGAUCUGGCACAAAAUAAGAUGGAUACAAAUUCUAUGGAUAGAUGUAAAAAAUCUGUUGGUGAGUUAGUGAAACAGCAGUUAAUGUAUGUCACCAGUGGAAUGAGUGCCCGAGAAAGAAACAAAGCUCGACGGAAAGCGAGGAAUUUAGCCAAACAAAGGUCAAAAGAAGCGCAACAAGGUGAGUCAGCUUCUAAUGACAGUGAGCCAAAUCUGAAGAAAGUAAAACUUAGUCUGAAUGAAAAAUUAGAAGAAGAUAGAUUAAUUAUUGAUGUAGCUGUACCAAACUCAUCAGUAGAAGAUUGUGAAGAAUGGCCAUUUGAAUCAUUUUGUGAAGUUUUAAUGAAUGAUCUGUUUCAUAAUGCUUGGGAAAUUAGGCAUGGAGCUGCAACAGGUCUUCGUGAAGUUGUAAAACUCCAUGGAAGAGGGGCUGGUCGAGCCACUGAUACACCUGUUGACCAGAUGGUAAUAAUGAACCAAACUUGGCUCUGUGAUCUUGGUCUUCGUCUGUUGUGUGUUUUGGCAUUGGAUCGAUUUGGGGACUUUGUUGCUGAUGAGGUUGUGGCACCAGUCAGGGAAACUUGUGCACAAACUCUUGGAGUUGUUAUUAAUUUGCUUGACUCUGAUGGUGUGCACAGUGUUGUUUCUGCUUUGUUGGCUCUUUUGGCACAGUCCCAGUGGGAAGUGCGACAUGGAGGACUCCUUGGGCUAAAAUAUCUGUUAGCUGUCAGGAAGAACAUGACAAAUGAACUAUUACCCAAAAUUCUGCCAUGUAUCCUUGAGGGUUUAAAAGAUGAUGACGAUGAUGUAAGAGCAGUUGCAGCUACAGCGCUUGUGCCAGUCUGCAAUGAAUUAGUCAAACUUUUACCAAAUGAGGUUCCUAAAAUUAUAGGAAUGCUGUGGGAGAUAUUGCUAGACUUAGAUGAUCUAACUGCAUCUACCAACAGUAUUAUGACCUUACUCUCAACAUUAUUAUGCUACCCUGAAGGAGAAGAAUCUACUCAAUGCUCUGAGCAUUCAUUAGUGGAAUUGGUGCCCAGACUUUGGCCAUUUCUUCGUCACAAUAUUGCAUCUGUACGGAAAGCAUCAUUGAAAACAUUUCACACGUUACUAAAUUUGGAACAGAAUCAUCCAAAGAACUGGCUUUUGCCACUGUUGUCUGCUUCUCUACGGCACAUCUUCCAACGAGCUCUUCUUGAAUCCAAUCCUGAGAUUUUGACACUUGUUGAAAAAGUUUGGGGUCAGAUAUUGCGGCAAGCACCUUUAGAAAAUUUAACUGAAGCUUCUGUAGUUUGGUUAGGAGUUUGGUUUUGCCUUCUUAUGCAACCUGCAAAAAUUCCUUUUGAUCCAUCUUAUAUACUUGAAGCAAAACACAGAGGAAGAGAUCAACAGCUUCUGAAAAAUCCACUUCGUCAGCUAAAUGAAAAUUGCACAAGUUUUAAUACUGAAACUAGUACGAAACGAAAAGAUUUCCUGGGUGGUAGUGAUAGUUAUAAUGAGUCUUCACUUGAAGAUGAUAUCUAUAUUACUAGAUCAAGAAUGAUUGGAGCCAAAUUGUUAGGAAAGUUAUGUACAUUCCUUACUGCAGUGGAACCAGAUGAUUCAGACCCAUCAAAAUCUCUUGAUCCCAUAUGCAAGUUAAUGAUAUUUCAUCUUACUUCUAAUUCUGCUCUGCAGAGGUUUGUUGUCGCACAGAUAAUCUAUGCUUGGGGCUGUGAAAAUAAGUACCCAUCAUGCACAGACGAUCUAAAACAGCGAAUUCACACCUGUCUAAAUGAAGCUAUUUAUUUUGAUGAAAUCGCUGUAUCCUUCACACGAAUGCAGACAGAAUGUCGUGAUUUUAUUGCUGGUCUUAAGCAGCAAGGUUUAAAUGUAGAGGAACACUUUCCACCAAGUGUCAUACUGACAUUUGAGCAGGCAUAUGCUUUAACAUCAACAGCCUUUGAUAAUUUGAAAACCAACCUGAAACCUAAGUCAUUGCAAACAUUUGAGGAGAGACGUUCACAGUUACAAAUAUGUAUUUCACAAACAGCACAAGAACAGCAAACUUACAGUGUUCGUGUUCAGUGCAGUCUUGCAAUGGCUGCUAUUAUGCAAAACAUCCUGCCUGAGAAGUUAAACCCUGUAAUCCGGCCUCUAAUGGAUUGUAUAAAGAAAGAAGAAAAUCGAGAUAUUCAAAUGUGUGCUGCAAAUUGUUUAGCAAGGCUUUUGAAAAUGUGUUUAUCUCGAACUCCUAACCCAAGUGAUAAAGUGAUAAAAAACCUUUGUACAUUCCUGUGUUCAGAUUCAUCAAUAACACCUACUAUCAAAUUAGCACUCAAAGACUCAGAUGAUCAAAAUAACGAGGUUGGCUGUACUGAAUUUUCUGGUAUUCUUACAUUAACAAACCAACAGAAAACUCCAGAGAAAAACUACAAGAAUUGUCAACAGGCUUCAGCUGCUUCUAAUGCCUCAGUUGAUCUUAAUACAAAUGAAAAUGAAGUAAAUGAGAAGUUUUUAGCUAUUCAACGUGUAGGAUCUGAAUGUGCAUUAAGUACCAUAGCCCGUUUGUUUCAAGAUGAUUUACCCACUGAGGUUCCUGCUCUUUGGUCUAAUGUUACCUUGAAUUUGAAUGAUGACAAAAUCAAAGAAGCUAAUAGUGGUAAACUAUCAGAAACAGAAUUACAAGAAAUUAUUAACAGUUUGCAAGUUUUGGAAUGUGUAGCUAAUGCACUUAGUAAAUCUCUCUUAUCUCAAGUCCUAGAAUUGCUUCCUGAUUUAAGUGGAUAUCUACAGAACUGCUACACCAGUAUCCGUCACUUGGCUUGUCGUGUUGUUGGUACUCUUGCUCAACUAGAUACCCUUUUUGUCAUGACACACAUCAUUGAAGUUGUGUUGCCUUACCUUGGUGCCUCAGAUAAUCUCACGCAACGACAAGGGGCAUGUGAAGUUCUAGCCAAUGUUAUCGAUCGUCUUGGAGUAAAUAUAAUUCCCUUUAUUGUACUACUUGUGGUACCUAUCUUGGGUCGAAUGUGUGACCAGAAUGAAGCUGUUCGACUCAUGGCUACUCAUUGUUUUGCAACCCUCAUUUGUUUGCUACCUCUUGAGGCAGGCCUUUCUGACAACCCCAAAAUGAAAACAUCUUUAGUACAACAGAAAGAACGAGAACGCAAAUUCUUAGAGCAGUUAUUAGACAACUCAAAGAUUGAAAAUUAUGUUGUAUCUGUUCCAAUUACUGCUGAACUUCGUAAAUACCAACAGGAUGGCGUUAAUUGGCUGGGGUUUCUGAACAAAUAUAAAUUACAUGGUAUUCUGUGUGAUGAUAUGGGUCUUGGAAAAACAUUGCAAUCUAUAUGUAUAUUGUCCUGUGAUCAUAAUAGACGACUUGAAGAAUUUAAGAAAACUGGUAGCCCUGAUUGUGCCCAAUUACCUUCAAUAGUAGUUUGUCCUCCAACUUUGACAGGUCAUUGGAUAUAUGAAAUAGAGAAAUUCAUAACUUCCAAAUAUUUGAAUCCUCUUCACUACACUGGACCACCUGGUGAAAGAGUAAGAUUACAAAAACUUGUAAAAAGACAUAACCUUGUAGUAGUGUCUUAUGACAUUGUCAGGAAUGAUAUAGACUUUUUCGGGUCAAUUCAUUGGAAUUACUGCAUUCUUGAUGAAGGUCACAUGAUCAAGAAUGGUAAAACCAAGCUGUCCAAAGCAGUGAAACAGCUAUGUUGCAACCACCGGCUUAUUCUGUCAGGAACACCAAUUCAAAAUAAUGUGCUUGACUUGUGGUCUCUUUUUGAUUUUCUCAUGCCUGGCUUUUUGGGUACAGAAAAACAAUUUCAAGCACGUUAUGGAAAACCAAUUUUACAAAGUAGAGAUGCAAAGAGCACAUCUAAGGAACAAGAAGCAGGAGCUUUAGCAAUGGAAUCUCUUCACCGGCAGGUAUUACCAUUUAUAUUACGCAGAUUAAAGGAUGAUGUGUUACAAGACUUACCUCCCAAAAUUAUGCAGGACUAUUAUUGUGAUUUAAGCCCAUUACAGGUAAAACUGUAUGAAGACUUUACACGUUCCCAUGCCAAAAAGAAUGUUGAAAAAAGCGUGUAUUCUUUGGACGAAGAAUCAACAAAUAAUACAAAAUUAACUUCAAAUAAUACUUCAACACAAUCACAGAAAUCUAACCAAGGUACAACUCACAUCUUCCAGGCUUUACAGUAUUUGCGAAAAGUAUGCAACCAUCCUGCAUUAGUUUUAUCUUCACAGCAUCCCAAAUAUAAUGAGAUUAUAGAACAGCUUUCAGCACAACAAUCAUCUUUACAGGAUAUUCAACAUGCACCAAAAUUGACAGCUUUGAAACAACUUCUUUAUGACUGUGGUAUUGGAGUGACUAGUGGUGGGAAUUUAUCUUCAACAGCACCUGUUGUCAACCAGCAUCGGGUACUACUGUUUUGUCAGUUAAAAAGUAUGUUAAAUAUUGUUGAGAAUGAUCUUUUAAAAGCUCAUAUGCCAAAUGUGACUUAUCUACGGUUAGAUGGUAGCAUUCCAGCUGGUUCUCGACACAGCAUAGUGAAUAGGUUCAACAAUGAUCCUUCAAUAGAUAUACUCUUGUUAACAACACAUGUAGGUGGGCUUGGCCUUAAUCUCACAGGAGCUGAUACUGUUGUCUUUGUGGAACAUGAUUGGAAUCCAAUGAAAGACUUACAGGCAAUGGACAGAGCACACAGAAUUGGCCAGAAAAAAGUUGUUAAUGUUUAUCGGUUAAUUACUAGAGGAACUCUUGAAGAGAAAAUUAUGGGAUUGCAGAAGUUCAAGAUGACAAUAGCUAAUACAGUGAUCAGCCAGGACAAUUCAACAUUGCGAACAAUGGGCACAGAUCAACUCUUAGAUUUAUUUAUUUUGGAUGUCAAUCAAAGAGACCCUGACAAAGUUAAUUCUAAAGACUUAAAAAAUAAGAAGCAUGUUAACCAGCAAGAAAGUAUUCGUUCCAUAUUAGACAGUCUUGGAGACUUGUGGGAUGAGAAACAGUAUGAAUCUGAGUACAACUUAGACACCUUUUUAAAGUCUCUUAAUACAUGAAUAUCUUAAGUUAAAAGUAUAUAUUUUUGAGAUCUGUAUUUAGAAAGUAAAUUUCAAGAAAUUCAAUCUUAAUUUCUUCACCACUCUCUCCCUCUCCCUUUCUCAUUCACACACCAACAUACACACACAAGCAAACACAUACAGAGAAAAGAAGCAAGAUUUUCUAUGAAUUAAAGAGUUUGUUGUAAGAUAUUAUUUUUUAAAAAAAAAUAUACCGUUGAAAUGAAAUUUUGUAAAUUAUUUUUCAUUGCAUUGUACUUCCAUUAUUUAUUUUAUUUUAAAGGAGAUUUUUAAAAUAUUUAA